UUUUAAUUCAGAAAGUAACAAUGUGCUGAGAAAACCAAAAACAUCGUUGUCUGCAAUGGCUCUAGCGUUAUUACGCAUGCAAAGCCCAUGCUGCAACCUCCACAAAAAUAGAUUUGUUUAUCAAAAAGUCAUAAAAAAUGGGUUGGAAAAUAUUGGUAUCAGAGCUUGCUCCAGCAAAACUAAGGAUCCUGACAGUGGAAUGUUUGGUAAACUAUUUGGUCCCAAGUCCAAUAUUGGUGGACCUAACACUAACAGAUGGACCAUGUUUGCACCAGCCGUUCUUACACACAUCAGUUUGGGAGCCCCGUAUGGUUGGUCAGCUGUAUCAGCUGCACUAGCUAGAGAACACGGAAUGGUUGUAUCUGCUGCUACGGAUUGGAGUAUGGAUCUGAGUACGUAUCCUAUGUCAAUAAUGAUGGCUUUCGGUGGCAUUUCAGCAGCACUUGUUGGAAAAUGGCAAAUGAAAGUUGGUGUGCGAGCUGCAAUGUUGACUGGCGGGCUAUGUUUUGGUUCCGGGUUCAUGAUGGCUGCAGCUGGAGUACAUAUUCACAGUAUAGGUCUGUUAUAUGCUGGAGCAGGAUUAUCAGGACUAGGAUACGGGUUUGCAUAUACACCACCCAUUCAGGCUUUGAUAAACUGGUUUCCUGACAAGAAGGGGGUAGCUAGUGGAUUAGUGAUUGGAGGGUUUGGGUCUGGUGCGCUGUUCUUUACUCCAGCUGUAAAUACUCUUUGUGAAAAAUUCGCAAAGCUUCCCGUCUAUCUCGGAAACAGCAUCGAUGUGGUGGUUGAGGGAGGUCGACAAUUCACAAAGAUUGGAGAUAACCUGCAGGAGGUCGUCUUUGCAACAACCAACGACCUAGUAAAACUUCCUUACCAGGGGCUUUCGGAAGGGUUCUAUCUUGUUGGAUCUGGAAGUACAGGUGUAGCUACAAGUCUAGCUAUUCUAGGUGCCCUCUACACUUCCACAAUACUAACUUCAGCAUUGUUGAUCAAGAAACCAGCUGAUGGAUUUCUACCCAAGGGAUACACUCCUCCAGCUACAGCAGGGUCUGGUAUAAAUGUACCUGUGGAUAAUCUACUGAGGACUCCACAGUUCUGGUUACUCUUCUCUACAGCUUCUCUCCUGGCUACAGGUGGUAUGGGAUUGAUGUCUGUAGCUAAACCUAUGAUCCAGAAUGUUUUCGCAGGGUCAAUGCCUAAUCUUGUGACGCCUGGGUUUGCUUCAGCAUACUUGAUGGCCUUAGCAGCAGGAAACCUUGGAGGAAGAAUAGGCUGGGCUGCUGUAUCCGACAGAGUUGGAAGAUGGAACACGUUCCAGGGUUUAACGUUCCUUGCUAUUCCUAUAUUUGCACUCUCACCGUUCCUCAUCAAUAAUUGUGUACUAGAUCCAACAGGACCGUAUGCUCCCUACUAUCUGGGUGGAUUCUGCUGCAGUACUGUACUCGCCUUGUCUGUUAUGGGCGGAGUAUUCUCUGUACUCCCAGCUUACGAGGCGGAUCUUUUCGGUUCUAAAUAUAUCGGAGCCAUUCAUGGUCGCUUCCUCACAUUCGGUGCAGUAGCUACCGUUGUCGGUCCUACACUGCUUCUCAACCUCAGGAGGAUUGCAGAAACACAAGCUAUUGCAGACCUGUUGAGUAAGGUAGAUCCUGAAGUUUUCCUUGAAAAGUUUGGAGUUGGAGUAGAUUCUGCUGAUUCCUUAAUUCAAACAAAAACUUUGACUAUUUCUAAACUAAUGUCAAUCCUUCCUCCUGAAACAAUUGAUCCAAGUCCCUUCUUGUACAACAACACUAUGUACACAAUGGCUGGGCUGGUCAGCUGUGCAUCACUUCUACAUUUUAUGGUCAAACCUGUGGAUAAGAAAUAUUUUGAAAAACCAGUUUAAAAUUGUAUGUAAACACAGUGUACAACUAUAAAUUUAACAUUUAUAAAUGUUUACAGUUUUUGUGUGGGUAGCAAAAAUAGUAUAAACUUAUUGUUCAAUAUUCAUGUUUACUCUGUACCGUUUCUACCUUUACCUAAACAGAAUUGUUAUGUUUUUUAUUCACCAUGUUUAAUGGUUCUAUUUUCUUCCUUAGGAUUCCCCGCUAUAAUAUAUUAUAUUUAUUUGAAUAUUGUAACAUUUGUUAAUAUUGUAAGGUUUUGAUAUUUCUGUAAUAUCUGUAACUUUCAAUUUGUCUUUGAGUAAAAGUAGCGGGGCUUGUUAGUUUUAACGCAUUUUUCAUGAUUAUUUAAAAAAUUAUAGAUUGGUAGAAAUGCAUAUUUUUGUAGUUCUUUUUCUAAUUAAAUAUUUUAUAGAUUUAUAAUAGCUUUGUUAAGAAUUUAGAAACAAUAAGAUUUUAUAAUAUAAAAAGUAUAAAUUUAAAA